CAGGGAUUGCUCUUUCAUCUUAACAACAACAACAACAGCGGCCAACUCACUCUGUCUACAGCAGUGUAACAUCUUCCAGUACUACGUCUUCUCCUGGACCAUAGAUCUUUGCCGGCGCAUCAAAAAAGCCACUACUGUUACUCCCAUCACUACCGUGAAGCGCACUAGACUACUCACCAUGGGCCGCCCCGUGCUCCGCAUCCUCUGCUUCGGCGACUCCCUCACAUCAGGAUACUUUCGUUGGGGUUGUGGAUCAAAGCCAUAUUCUGAGGUUUUGAGCAGUCGGUUACAGGCCGAGUUCCCGGAUCUCGAAGUCAAAGUGACCACAGAUGGUGUCCCAGGCGACGUAGCCAGCCAUCCUAGAUUCUACGACAGAUUCCGAAGGCAGUUUUCAUCACAAUUCACAUACGACUGGGUUAUUGUGCUAUGCGGAACAAAUGAUAUUGCGAUACGCGCCUCUGACAAUUCCAUAUAUUCUGGUCUGCGUGCGACCUGGGACUAUGCGCUAUCCAAACGAAGCAAGGUACUAGCUCUCACAAUACCCGAAACCAGCUUCAGCGCCGACUGGGUGACGAUGGCCCGCGACGACGUCAACACCAGAAUACUCGAUCACAAAGCCCCGCAAUACUACGCCUUCGAUCUCAAGUCACACAUCCCGUAUGCAAACCUCACUGAAGAUGAACGCUCUCUGUACUGGGACGACGGCGUACAUCUUACUGAUGAUGGGUACGACUGGAUGGGCGGGCACAUCGCUGACCACUUGAUACCUCUCAUCGCCGCCAACCCGCCAGUCGAGGAAACGCCAGUAAAACCAACAGCCAGACGCCAACGACGAACCCGAUCUAACGACGAGGUCGUGUGGGAAGAGGAAGAAGGCAACCCGAAGCAAAUUAACCAGGGCUAUGUUAUAGUUCGGCGCCGAGACUUGGACUGAUAGACACGGGGCACUUGAUAAGGUUUUAACGACAACUUGGUUUCAUUUAUUUCGUAUAGAGCAUGUAUCAGCGACAGCAUAAUGGUCUAGAAAAGGCUUUUCUAUAAAUCUGCGCCAUGUAAACGUAAAGUGUAGUGUCUUCUUUACCAAUUCGCAUUUCUCGCCCAUCCAACGCCGAUGCAGUGCAAACGCCAAAAAAGAGAAAGAUAUCAAAACUGAGAGGUUCAUAAGAACCGCUAUGCAAGAUUGGCAGCUACAAAUUCCUAUAACAAAGAUUAGCAGGUAACGCUAGUAGGGCUUGCAGUUCUGAAAAAACGUACAGGGAACUCCUUUUGCAGUGCGUUUGUCGUGGUUUCCACGUCUUCCGCCAGGCUCUCAACGUUUGCAUCCCAUUUGCGCAUUUCUUUGCCAACCAUGGCUUCUGCGCGACUGCUGCCCUUUUCGCCCGAAGCCUCUUGGCGCUCAAACCAUACUAUGCCGUCGAGCUGGUCCAUGCGGCCGACAAGACGACCUUGCUCAAUCAUCUUGGCAGUAGUCUCUUCAGCCUUGUCGGCAUCCAAGCCUAACAGCGAACCAAGAGCUUCAAAACGGAUGUUGCUGUAGAGUCGGGAAGCGCCCAACAGGUUGUGCUCUACGACGGCCCUGGCCAAGACAGUAGAUCCGUCAGCGGUGGUAGCCAGCUGGUGCGGCUGGAGACCUUCGGCAAAUGCCUUGACUUCUUCGGGUGACAGCAAGCGGUCAAGGAACAUCUUUUCGAGCAUGCUGAACUCGUCCAGUUGCGGUGCUCUCUCGUCCUUGUACAGUCGGCCCAGGGAGCGGCUUCGAUUCGGGCCAGCAGGUGCAAGAAUGGCACACUUGAUAGCCAUACUAAGGGUAUGUAACCGCUCCUCCUCGGCAAUGGAAUGGGAGAAGCUGAUUUCGUGGUACCGUUGUGCUGCGGAGAGAAAGUCGCGCUGGGCAUCUUGGAUACGAGCCUGGGAGAGUUUGAAGUGAAGGUUGAGGUCGGGGUCAGAGACAGUGUGCAUGAUAUUCUUGAGCUUGUUGAUGUACAUUUCGGCGGCGGUCGAGUCGCCCACCUCGAGAUAGUUGCGGACGAUGCGGAUCCAGAUCUGUGCCUUGUCGGCGUCGGACACCUUGCGCUGGGAGCUGUCGAGAGAGAUUUCGGCGAGCGACUUGGCAGCAUCUAGAAAGUCUUCGUUGUUCUCGUGAGCCGUGGCAACCAGCUCAUGCAGCGUGGCGGCAGCAUCGAGAAAGGAUGCCGGCUGGCUCGACAAGAGUGCGGCGGUGCGGUUGCCUACCUCGAUCCACAUGUCCUCAUUCUUGAGCUCGCGCAGCGUCGAUAUGAAGGCGUUGAGAACGGAUCGUGUAGAUACGACACCGAGGGACUGGGCAAAGAAGGCGUCGGCAAUGGCAUUGAGAUCGUCGAUGGCGGUGGGAGGCGAAGAGAGGUUCUUGAUGUCAGCGAGGACGGCUUCGUACGCGGGGCCUUUUUCGCCAGCAACAGACUGGACACGAGCCAGGGCCUCACCGACCUUAGGGUUGGGGGCCAUGAUUAGACUAAAAGAAAAAUAGAUGUAGAAAUAAUAGAACUAGAAAAGACGCUAUGUGCGGAUACAAGCCGGACGUGGCGGUGGAUGGGCGGA